ACCUUCAGCAGGCAAAAUGUCUGACCAGAACGUCCACAAAGCCGGUUUCACUUCCUCUGGAAUUGCAAGAGGUUCUCUUGCUUCAUCGAUCAUGUCUGGUGAGGCAAAAUCCUUUGGGGGAGGCGUUCCUUCUGGAGGGACUACUGCUACUCUACAAGAAAUGGGUGCCAAAGGCUCAACACACUCCUCAGGCUUUACCAGCAGUGGGAUCUCCGGUGGCUCCAGGGCCUCCCAGAUGAUGUCCAAUGAGGCCACCUCUUGCGGAGGCGGAGUUCCCAAGGGUGGCACAACUUCCACUAUCCAGUCUAUCUCAAUGGGUGGCAAAGGAGGAAGGCGCUGAAUAGAAAGAAGCAGCGGUCCAGGAGCAGGUCCUGCAAACUGUUCAUCCUUUACAGACAGAUUCACUUGACAUCUUCUUCUCUUCUUUGCUCUCCCUGUACCUGACAUGAAAGACAAAGCAUUUUUCACUCUCCAAAAUAAAAGCUCUGUUAAAAUCA